UCAUCCAUUUUAGGGCUUUGAUGGCGAUCCUUGUUGGGUCGCCUCGUGCGCCGACCGUGAGGAGCAGCAGCACUCUCCGCGAGGAGGAUUCCAGCUCCAGGAAGCGACAGGAGAUGGAGAUUGUGGAGCCCUCGCGGCCGCGCUUCGAUCGCAUUCCCUACGCCCCCUCCAGCGCCGAGCUCCUCAAUCCCAAGCUCAUCCAACCCCACGUCAAGCCGGCUAGAUUCUGGAGGCCGCAGAGGGGAUGGGGCAAAUCCUACAAGAAGCCCACUCCACAGCAGAGUAUCACAGGCUCGGUUCUAGGAGCACUGUGCGCGGCCGGAGCUUUCAAAGGCGUCACGGCUUCGUAUGAUCAUCUUUCCACUCAUCCUCUCGUACACAAUGCUCCAUUUGGUCUCACUGACGAUGUGAACCAAGCACUGGCAACUACGGUACUGGGACUUGGAUGGCUGGCCAUCUCUUUGUUUGCGGCCAGCAGCGUCGGGUUAGCUCUCCUCUCGGCGAAGCUCUUGACUCAAUCGUCAGCAGACGUUUCCAAGAGGUCUUUCGCUAUGGCUUUGGUCUUUGCUCUUUCCUGCGCCUUUACGAAUUCUGUGGGAGAAUCGGAUGCUAGCACAGGCGCUGAGACGUUCCAGAGAUCAUGUAUUGGUUGCCAUGCUCGAGGAGGGAACAUUCUUCAAGCAGGAGCCACACUUGGAGCGGACGAUCUCCAACGGAAUGGCAUCUCAACAGUGGAAGAUAUCGUCAAAAUCACGUACUAUGGCAAAGGACGCAUGCCUCUAACAAGCUCGCAGGGAUUUGGAGAGGGCUGCAAACCUCAAGGCCAAUGUACAUUCGCAAGCCGACUUAGUGACCAAGAUAUUCAAGCUCUUGCUGAGUUUGUGAAAUCCCAAGCCGAUCAAGGCUGGCCACGGUUGGAUUGAUCAAUAGUAUAAUUGUGGGAUGGUGUGGAGUUUGAAGUGAUACAACUCACCAGGAAUGUCCAGGGUGAGAUAUCCCUCAUGCAUUGGCAUCAGUGCAGGCCUUCGAUCUGAGAGGAGGUGGUUGUAGAAAAAAAUUAUUCUGUCUUCCUAUGACGGUUUUGCUUAUAAAAUAGAUAGAUAGAUAAGCCAA